AUGGGGCCGCGGCGGCCGCCGUCCCUCGGCGCGGCCGCCCUGCUCUGGGGCUUCCUGCUCCCGCUGACAGCUGCUCAGGAAGCAAUCCUGCAUGCAUCUGGAAGUGGCACACCUCUCCUAUCUAAGGACUACUGCAUGCUAUAUAACUCCAAUUGGACAGCUCUUCCAAGUACCCUAGAAAAUGCAACUUCUGUAAGUUUGAUGAAUCUGACUACUACACCCCUGUGCAAAAUUUCUGAUGUUCCUCCCGAUGGAUUAAAGAACACAGCAGUUGUGGUACAGUGGGGAACCUGCCAUUUUCUUGAAAAAGCCAGAAUUGCACAAAAAGCUGGUGCUGAAGCAUUGUUGGUUGCUAACAACAGUGUCCUAUUUCUUCCCUCUGGGAACAAAUCUGAAUUUCAGGAUGUGAAAAUACUGAUUGCAUUUAUAUUCCACAAAGACUUUAAUGAUAUGGAGCAGACUCUUGGAAAUAAUGUUACUGUGAAAAUGUAUUCUCCAUCAAAGCCAAACUUUGACUAUACCAUGGUGGUUAUUUUUUUAAUUGCCGUGUCCACUGUGGCACUAGGCGGAUAUUGGAGUGGACUAAUUGAAUUGGAAAACAUGAAGGCAAUGACACAUGCUGAAGAAGGAGAAAUGAGAAGAAAGAAGGAAGAAUAUUUAACCUUUACUCCUUUAACAGUUGUAAUGUUUGUGGUCAUCUGCUGUGUUAUGAUGGUCUUACUUUAUUUCUUCUACAAAUGGUUGGUUUAUGUUAUGAUAGCAAUUUUCUGCAUAGCAUCUGCAAUGAGUCUGUACAACUGUCUUGCUGCACUAAUUCGUAAGAUACCUUGUGGACAGUGCGCGAUUGUGUGUCGUGGUAAAAGCAUCGAAGUGAGACUUAUUUUUCUCUCUGGACUAUGCAUAGCAGUAGCUGUUGUUUGGGCCGUUUUUCGAAAUGAAGAUAGGUGGGCUUGGAUCCUUCAGGAUAUCUUGGGGAUUGCUUUCUGUCUGAAUUUAAUUAAAACAUUGAAGUUACCCAACUUCAAGUCAUGUGUGAUACUCUUAGGCCUUCUCCUCCUAUAUGAUGUGUUUUUUGUUUUCAUAACACCAUUCAUCACAAAGAAUGGUGAGAGUAUCAUGGUUGAACUUGCAGCUGGACCUUUUAGAAAUAAUGAAAAGAAUGAUGGAAACUUGGUGGAAGCCACAGCUCAACCCUCAGCUCCCCAUGAGAAAUUACCAGUAGUCAUCAGGGUGCCAAAGCUAACUUACUUCUCAGUAAUGCAUGUGUGCUAUAUGCCAGUUUCACUGUUGGGUUUUGGAGACAUUAUUAUACCAGGUCUUUUGAUUGCAUACUGUAGAAGAUUUGAUGUUCAGACUGGUUCUUCGUCUAUAUACUAUGUUUCCUCCGUAAUAGCCUAUGCUGUUGGCACAGUACUGACAUUUGUUGUCCUGGUGCUGAUGAAAAAGGGGCAACCUGCUCUCCUGUAUUUAGUACCUUGCACACUUAUUACUGCCUCAGUUAUUGCUUGGAGACGCAAGGAAAUGAAAAAGUUCUGGCAAGGUAGCAACUACCAGGUGAUGAACCAUUCGGACUAUGCAACAAACGAAGAAAACCCCGUGACUUCUGGCGAACAGAUUGUCCAGCCAUAAUAAUAUUAUGUGGAUCUGCAAUAAUGUGUCAGUUGGAUUUCCAGAAAUAGUGUUGGACUUUUUAGAUUGAAUUUUGAACUGACAAUCUGAAAGAAUGUUCGAUUACAUGCUUGCAAAUAUAUAUUUUUAUGAGCUGGUACUGACAAUGACAUAAGUAAUUAAAAUACAUUUGCUUUUAACUUGUUAAAGUUGUGCCUUCACAUUAAAUAAAAGCAUGUGUAAUUUCCAAGAUGUAUUAUAUACAGGAUAUUUUUCUAAAAAAAAACUUGACCCACCCCUGUACUUUUCUUACUGAAAUCUUUCUUUCAACUCUAGUGAUAGAUAAAUUUCUGUCAAAUUACUUUUCUGAGAGAUUUUACUGUAAAGAAUUACAUAAACUUUAUAUUCUGUAGAAAUAACUUCAAGAUCAUAUGUAAGAAGGUAGUUCAACAGUGAAAUUUUCAACCUUUUAUUACUUCAGACAUUAGAAAUAUAUAAUUUGGGAAUAUAUAUAUAAGUGCUUAUUUUUGUAGCAUAGUUUUUUUUUUAAAUCCCAUUCUUUUUAAAACUUGAAAACCUAAAUUACUGCCUAUGUGUUAUAUUAGAAUAUUUUUCCAGGCAGAGAGAAACAUAAUAAAUAGAAUUAGUCAUUAAAAGGACAAAAAAACUGAAAUUUACAGUUUUCAGUGGUCUAUUUCCUUGAUGAUAUAGCUUAAAUUUUACACUAACACUCAAUUUCAUUACGGUAUUUCUGAUCUAUUUAAAUUUUUUCUUUAUGUUAAAGCGUGUAUAUUUUGUAAAAAUCAUUUUUUAUCAAAUUAUAUAUUGGCUUAUCCAUAUGGUUUAUUGUUUGAGGUGUAAUAUCCCUAACAAGCUCCUUUCCCCAUAGAAACCACUGCUAGCCUUUUAAUUUUGGUGGAGUAGUUGAUUUAUAAAGUGUGCUUCAAAGGAAAUUAGUGGAGACAAAAGAGUGGACACUUAGUUUAAUUACAAGAGUUUGAGUAGACUGUCUUAGCUGCAGAUACAAGUAUCUCCAUUCUCUUAUUUAUAAAAUAGGUAGAUUAGACCAAUUCAUCACUGUGGCACCUGCCAACUGAAAAAUCUUUCUCACUGUUUGCCAAAUCUCAGAUAUGGCCUUGAACAUUCUUCUGAGUGUCAGAGGUCCAUUUUUUUUUUCUAAGAAAUUCCCAAAUGACAAGUGAUUGCAAAGGCAAUAGGAUUUUGCAUUUCUCUGUAAAUAAUGUACAAAUAUGUGAACAAAUCUAUGAUCCUUCAUUUUAAGUCCAGUUCAGCUGAUUAAGAGAUAAAACUCUUGCUUUUAAAUGGAUCAGACCUUUGAUGUUUGAACUAAAUUUAGCUUUUGAGGGAACUGAUGCUUUGUGUUUAAUUGUUAACUUUUGCUGAGUAAAUUACAGAUAGAAAAUCUCCCUUAAUAACCUCUCUUUCCAUUUAAUACAUUUGUAGGUCCUUUGGUUUGUGGCAGUGACAGGUAUGUGAUGGGCAAAAAAAAGGUUGAUCUUAAUUUUGCCUCUAGAAUACCAAGUCUGAAUUUUUCCAAAGAAUUAAUUUAUUUGGCAGGUUCUCGUAGCGUGAAGAACAGAUUAAGUGCCAUUUUAAAGCUCCAACUAUAUUUUCAUUUGUAAUGUCAAAAUAUUUGCCAAAAUACAGCUUUUUUAGUAAAAUUAUCUGCAUUCUCACCCCAGCUUUAUGAUGUUCAAAAGCUUCAACCACAGUUUAUGAAGACUGUUAAAGAAAAUUUUACAUCUAAAAUCUGAAAUCUUGAGUUUUUUCAUAAAACUCCACUUUUUCCAGCCAUUAGUUAUCAAGGAGGUAAAAGUUGUUCUAGUACGCCAUUAAAUAGAAAUAAGAAAUAAAAGAUGAAACUUCUUAAGUUUCUCCAUUCUCAGUAUCGACUUUAUAUUGUACUUAAAUAAUUAUUCUAGCAAUCUAGAGAGAUUGCUCUAAAAAAAUUUAGAGAGAUUCUAACAAAGUACAAAAAUAUUUUGAGAAUCAAACUGAGCAGAAGAUAGAAGAGAUGAAAAUUUGGCUUUAAAAGACUAUCAUCUUUUCCUCUCCUGUCCUCCCAAUACCAAUAACUGUAAGGGAAAGAGAGGUUUUUAUCCUAAACAUGUCUUUGAAACAGUAAGAUAUAUUGUAUGAUUACUUACUUAGAAAUUAGAAAUUCCCUCUGAACAAUUUUGUAGCUUAUAAGUGUGAAAUAUCUCUAAUUGUAAUAUAGAUGAUUUUUACUUCAGCAAAACUAAAGAUAGUUUGUGGGAAAGACCUUAAAUUUCUAAUAUUUUCUGCUAGUUUGUAGAUUUUUUUUUAAAAAAUUAGCAAUACAUUAUUAGUAGAAUCUGCGAUUUAUUUCUCUUUUGAAGGAAGGUCAUCUGCUAUUGGCAUUCAUAGAUUUUAGUUACAUGUCCAUGUACAUUUUUGGUGAAAUUGUACAUUUAUAGUAAAUACAAAGGAACUUUUCAGUUUUCCUUUGCUGUUUAGGAAUAAGCAAAAACUGUCUUUACAUUUGACUAAAAAAAUACUUUAAAUCUAGCCUCUACAAUUUCAGCAUGAUCUCAGCAAAUAAUAUUUCAAAAGCAUAGGAGUUACAAAUUAGCAGAAGGUACUAGUCCAAACAGCUUUAUUAUUUUCCCAUUAACAAGGAAGAAGGCUUAAUGUGUAUUCAAGGUGAUGCUAAAUAACAAAUUCUACAGUUUAAAAAAAAUGUAUAUUCAGUGCUCUAGCUCAGAGGAUAAUUUUAAGGGGGUUGUGAAUGGUAAUGCAAAUCAAAUUAAAAUACUGACUAUAAAUCACUUUAUGCUUCCUAGAAGAAGUAUACCCUAAAGUCAAGAGAGCUGAAUCAAAUGACUGAACCUUUUGAAAUUUGACUCUCUAUUGUACUGCUCACAAUUUGGAUUACUGACUUUUCAGCUAAACAAUGACAGUAGUAUACAUGUCAUAGUAUAGUAAAAACUAUGUCAAUUUUCUCAUUAAAUGUUUCCAUAGUUGAAGACAGUCUUUGAAUCUAUGAAAAUGUUCACGGGAGAAAAAUUUUUUCAAAUAAUUUUCAGAGUAUUUCUGCAUUAUUGCCAAUUAAAGGCAACUAAAAGAACACAGUGUAGAAUACUUAAUGUGUUUCUUUAAGUAUUAGAAGUACUUUAAGCAACUUUAAUUCUUUUCAAAAAUACAUUUUUAAAAAUAUGUAAAUAUUAUCUCAUUAGCCUGUAGCUCUCCCAGUGUCAGUCAAUGUAAAUUAGGUAGAUUUUGCCUUUUUUAUUUCUUCUGUUGUAUUUUAUUCAAUUGAGAACCUUUAAUAUAUAUGGUUGAACUUUUACUUCCUAGAUAAUUGGUUUGAGUGUGGGAUUUUUUUUUAACACUUUGAUGUGUAAGUUAGUGUAAAUACUUUUAUAACACUACUAAGCUUUAAUUUUUUUUAUGGAACAGGAUUUAAAGUUUAAAAUUUUUUGAGGUUUUAAUUUAGCAGUGCGUUACAACUCUUCCUUAUGUGCCAAUAUUGCCAAGAAAGACAAAUUUUUAAUGUAUUAAAUUCACCAUGGUAUCAAUAAAUUCUAUUUUAAAGUAAAACUUGAAUUUGUUUUAUAUUUUGAACGGUAAAAGAAUAGUUGAAAACAAUGUCCUAGAUCAUGUUCAUAUAAGGUACAUAUGGUAAUAACUUAUGAAAUUGUGUAUUUAAGUCUGACAAGUUAUAAAACCUAAGUUUUGAGUCAUUUACUGAAAAUUUUAUAUAUUGAUACAAUAUUGCCUUUUAUAAAUACUAAACUACUGUAUUAUAGACUUUUUUUCUUUGGCUGAGAUGCUACCUCUUGUGAUGAACCACCUUGCAGCUUUGCUGAUACUGUUCUCACAAACAACUAAAAUCUUUACCAUUGUAUUGUCUUUUUAACUUAGAUGUGAUUGAUCCAGAUAUGUGUCUGUAGUGUUUGUCUUAUUCCCUCCAUGCCCUGCCUCAAUGGAACUUUGUUUCAUCCCAUAUAUCUAGAAAGAUGCAUAAUAAACUGGAGUUACUCUCUUUAGGAAGAGAGGGAGUUAAGAUGGCUAGGGCACAGGAGUCAUGGGGAGUUAUUUUUCAUUGUGCAUUCUUGUACAUUUUGCUUUUUUUUAAUCAUAUGCUCAUUAAAUUUCAAAA